AUGCUCUCCCGCUCUUUUUAUGUAUGUUACAGUGCUAGUAAAAGAAGCUUUGUAAACCUUGUCAAGUUUAUCCAUAGCGAAUCUUCUUAUCCUCUGAUCCAAAACAACGAGUACAACAACAUAUCGUCAUCUAUUGCAAAAAAGGUUGGAGUCAACAUUUACAAGCAAGAGCUUAACCCCAUUUGCAUUUUAAAGAAAACAAUUCUCUCUUAUUUCUUAAAUAAGUACGACCACGAGUUUUCCGUUUAUGAAGAUUUUUCGCCGAUUGUGACCACGAAACAAGCUUUUGAUGAUAUUUUGAUUCCAAAAGAUCAUGUCUCGCGUAGAAAGAGUGACUCAUACUAUGUUGACGCAACACAUGUUCUUAGACCCCAUACAAGUGCUCACCAGGUCGAAGUGCUGCAGCAGAAUGUGAACUCAUUUAUUGUGGUCGGAGAUGUUUACCGGAGAGAUGAGGUAAACAAAACCCACUCCCCUGCAUUCACUCAAAUGGAGAUUGUUCGGGUUUUAGAGCGAAAUUCCUCAAGUGAUGUUAUUAUUAACGAUAUGAAGGGUGUUGUAGAAGGAUUGAUCAAGUACCUUCUGGGAAAUGUUGAGCAUCGCUGGGUGGACGCGUACUUCCCCUUCACUAACCCCUCUCUAGAGGUCGAGGUGAUGUACAACCAGAAGUGGAUGGAGUUGCUUGGCAGUGGAGUGAUCGAAAACCAAGUCAUGGCGAAUGCGGGUCGUCCUAAAGACUGCGGAUGGGCGCUCGGAAUCGGACUGGAGCGACUCGCAAUGAGUCUGUUCCAGAUCCCGGACAUUCGCUUGUUCUGGUCCACCGAUCCGCGCUUUCUGAAUCAGUUCAAGAGCGUGAAGGACGGACUGAAGCCGGGCGAAGCGAUCCCGGUUUUCCAGCCGCUCAGCAAAUAUCCUGCGUGCUACAAGGACAUUUCGUUCUAUCUGCCCGCGAACAUGACGCCGGAGCAGUUCGCGUAUAACGAUAUGUACGAGAUUGUGCGCGAUGAAAGCAAUGAGUUGGUGGAGUCGAUCGAUCUGAUUGAUUCGUUCUUUAACAAGAAGACGCAGAAGCAGAGUUUGUGCUAUCGAAUUAGCUAUCGAAGCCACACGCGCAAUCUGCUGAAUUCGGAGAUCGAUCAGAUCCAGAUGCAAAUCCGAGCGAGUCUGGCUUCUAAGCUGCACGUGGAACUUCGAUUCUGUGUUUGUUAG